AUGUCAUUCCUAACCGCAUUCCUGCAGGAUGGCCCGGAAUACGAACAACGAAAGAGAACACCUUUUGUCCCCCCAGUGGUCACUCUUUCGGAAGUACACGCUGUCGUACCGCAACACCUCCGCUCCAAGAACACCUUGAGAGGCUUAUCGUUUGUUGCCCGCGACGUCUUUCUUGCUUUCUUGUUGUAUACCCUUCCAGUGCACAUUCCUACAACUUCCUCCUUUCUCGCCCAUCACAUACACGACGCGUUUUGGUUGCGGAGUCUCUUCAAAUGGAUACUCUGGGCAGCUUAUUGGCAAUUACAGGGCAUCCUCUUUACCUCUCUGUGGUGCCUAGCACAUGAAGCUAGUCAUGGAAACUUAUCAUCCAGAGGUUGGAUCAAUGAUGGAGUCGGUUUCUGCUUGCACACUUUCUUGCUCGUCCCCUACUUUCCAUGGAAAUUUUCGCAUAGUGCUCAUCACAAAGCAACUGUGUCCCUAGAACGCGACGUUACUUUUGUGCCCUAUACACGUACUCACUUCGAGCUACCCCCGGAAACUGUCGCACAAGCAAAGGACUAUCAUGAGAUUUUUGAAGAAACGCCCAUUUAUACCUUCUAUCGUAUGUUCCUCAUGCAGAUGUUCGGCCUGCUCUUUUAUUUCGCCUUCAACACAAGGGGAUCCCCGAACCACCCAUCUGGAACCAAUCACUUCAAUCCAUAUGCCGCCACGAUCAAAGAACGUGAGCGCAAGCGGGUCAUUGCUAGCGACGUUGGUUUGCUUGCCAUGAUCGGCCUGUUGUGCUCAUGGUCGUGGGAUGUCGGAUUCGGACAGUCUGUGAAACUUUACUUGCUACCGUGGCUGCUCACCAACCACUGGAUUAUAAUGCUCACCUAUUUACAUCACACUGAUCCAACAAUUCCUUACUACCGUCGGGGUGCAUGGACGUUUUUGCGGGGUGCUCUCGCAACCGUUGACCGACCGCUCCUGGGUCGGAUAGGUCGUGUUUUCUUCCAUAACGUUUCCCACGACCAUGUGUCUCAUCACAUCUUUUCCGACGUCCCCUUUUACAACCAGCCGGAGGUUACCGCGCGUAUAAGGACGGUUCUCAAAGAUAAUUACAACUUCGAUUCGACGAACACGUUCAGAGCACUGUAUCGCACGUUCACACAGUGUGAAUUCGUUGAGGACGAGGGAGACAUUGUUUUCUACAAAAACAAGGAGGGCAAGCCCGCCCGACGUGUUGCCGAACAGAGGGAUUAA